AUGGUGGCACCAAACUCCACCUCCCUCCGUGAGCCCCUCAACGCGACCGCUUGGGAUCCUGCCGGCCUGACCGCGUGGGAGUCUCCCUGGGCUCCCGUCUUCAUGUCUAGCCCCUUCCGCGAGCCGCCCUCCCUCCGCCCGCUCUACGUCGCCCUCUUCGCCGUCACCUACGCCGCCAUCGUCGCUGGCAACUCCCUCCUCGUGGCGGCCAUCUUCCUCGACCGCCGCCUCCACAGGCCGAUGUUCGUCCUCCUCGCCAACCUCGCCGCCUGCGACCUCCUGGGCAGCACGGCGACCCUGCCCGGCUACGCGCGCAACGUGGCUAGCGCCGACGGCGUGCCGCUGGGCACGUGCGUCGCUCAGAUGUACGUGGCGCACAUCUACGGCGCGCUCGCGGGCCUCUCCCUCGCCUCGAUGGCCGUGGACCGCGCCCUCGCCGUCCGCCGACCCCUCCGCUACGCGUCCAUCGUCACCAACGGGCGCGCCCUGGCCGCGUGCGCCGUCGUCGACGGCGUCGCCGCCGCCUUGAUGCUCGGCUUCGUGGCGCUCGCCUCGCGCCUCCGGCUGUGCGGGGAGCGCCACGUCGCGAUGCCGCACUGCGACCACUUCGCCCUCGUGCGGAUGGCGUGCGACGCCGCCGGCGACGCGGCGGCCAACCGGGCCUACGACCUCGCCGUCAAGUCCACGCUGCUUGCCGGGGGCGCGGCCACGGUUCUGGCGUCGUACGCGCUCGUCGCGACGCUCCGUCUCGGCGGCGGCGGGGACGGGGACGGGGCGUCGCGGCGGAGCCGGGGAAAGGCUCUGCGCACGUGCGUCACCCACCUCAUGGUGUUUCUCGUGCUGCAGGUGUCCGUCGUGCUGCUCAUCGCGCAGAACCACAUCCAGAGGUACUUGGUCGACUCCGUCUACCUGCCCGCCUACCUAGCCAUCAACUUCCACGUGGUGCCGCCGCUCCUCAACCCCAUCAUCUACGGACUGAGGACCGUGGAGAUACAGCACGGCGUCCGGAAGCUCUUCCGGAGGAAGGUGUUGCCCGCCUAUCAUUAA